CAUAUAGUAGUCCUCAUUUGUUUGACAGACACUUUAGAGACCACUUUAACGGAGUUAAAGACAUUAUUUUAUAGUCAAUCAGUUUAUUAAUAUUAUUAUUAAAAAAUAAAUAUUUCUUUUUUUUCUUCAAUUUGUGAUAUCGCUAAUACAGUAUAAUUAAUAAUUAGUAGUAUUAAUUAUAAAACUGAUUUGACUGSUAUAUUAUUAUAUAACUACUAUGGCUUCUAGAAAUAUGCCCAACAAAAGAGAUCGGUUGUCGCGCGAGGUCUGGAAGUUCUUUGAAGACAACUGUCAAACGACUGAUCUGUUGACCCGUAAGAAYCGUUUGCGAGACGCMCUCCAAAAGAUAUUGACUCAAAACUUUGCCAAUUAUGACGUGCAAUUGUUUAUCGUCGGCUCGACAAACAAYGGUCUGGCCAGCAAUAAGUCUGACGUCGAUAUCUGUUUGGUAAUGAACGAAGCGAAUCCAGCAGCAACUGCUAGCGGUUCAGCCGCGACGACCGAUGACGACCAUAAACCGACGACUGAUUCGUUGGAUACGACAGCAAAAACGGUAGAAACGCCAAAAAGUCCCGAAAAGUCUGGUCAUGAAGAAGARGAAGCCAAUCCUAAAGUGGUCGUCGAUGAGGAAACAAAAGAGACUGACGGGGAAGUCAAAAAAGAGCCAAAGAUUAAGGACGUGGAUGUGGUGGUGGAGGAGGAAGAGGAGGAUGUGGUAAAGGAGGUAACUGAGCUCAAUACGUCCAUAAAGGAGGAGAAGAUAAAGGAAAUCUCCAACGAAGAAAAGGAGGACAAAGAGGACGAGUCAUCCAAAUUGAAUCAAACCAUCGACAGYAUUGAAGACACUAAUUCAGUGAACGGCUCGUCCAAUGAUCCGUCGCUUCCUGUACUGGAAAAAGUGCGGGAAGUUCUCAAAGGCUACAAUUUCGUACUCAAUAUGCAAAUAAUUAUGGCUAAAGUACCGAUCCUUAAGUUUGUGGACCGUAUAUCGGGUAUUGAAGUGACACUUAACGUCAACAAACUGGUAUCCAUACGYAACACCCAACUGAUCCACGACUAUACCAAAUUGGAUUGGAGAGUACAGCCACUGGCAAUGGUGGUCAAGGCCUGGGCCCGGGAUAAUGGCAUCAACGACGCCUACAACAAGUCCAUCUCGAGCUAUAGCCUGGUGCURAUGGUCAUCCAUUAUCUUCAAUACGCCUGUUCGCCGCCAGUAUUGCCAUGUCUCCAACAAUUGGACGCCGGACGCUAUCGGACUGAUUCUACCAUCCAGUCGCUCCGACAGACAGCCAAUCGGCGACCAAAACAAUGGAAAUCAGACAACACUUCAUCAUUGAAACACCUGUUGCUUGGAUUUCUUGAGUACUAUUCGUACAACUUUUGCUAUACAAAAGACGCUAUUAGUGUCCGAUUGGCUCACGUAUUGCCGAAACACAUUGUCCAGCGAUACAAAUCCGAUGAGAAUGCUUACGGCCAUUGGAAACUGUUGUCGAUUGAAGAGCCGUUCAAUCGGACCAAUACGGCCCGUUCGGUCUACGACGAUGUUAUCUUCGAGAGGAUAACCAGUGUCUUCCGGGUUAGCCAUUACACGUUGCGUCGAAUCCAGAAGUUAUCAUCGAUUAUGACAUCGGCCGGCAAGGGUAACGACUACGACAACGAUAUCAAUCAGUAUGUAAUGUCCAAAAAUGACCAAAAAUCGAGCGCCAAUGUCCACAAUAGCGGUGGUAGAGACGCCAUCGGCGGCGGCGGCAGUAGUGGUUAUGACCGUCAUCGCUCAGACAGUCAACGAAGUUAUCAACAACAGCGUUACGAUCGUUCAGAUAGUCAACAAAGUUAUCAACGUUACGGUCGCUCAGACAGUCAACGAAGUUAUCAACAACAACGCCGCGAUCGUUCCGAUAGUCAACGUAGUAUCGGUAGUCGUGGCCGACGCGGCAGUAUCCGACACGACAGCACAUCCGAUAAGAACAACAAAUCGGCGGCAGCCGCUGGCAGCAGUCGGACACCGCAGAAAAAGCCCGACGCUGGCCAACAUUAUCUGUCCACUACUGCCUAAACACACUGGUGUCUGAGGCUAUGACCGGAUAUUA